GAUGGCCAGCCGGAAGCAAAUCGCCUUGUGUCCAUCCGCAAGUCGCACGCCAUCAGCCACCUUGUGUCCUAUGCCAUGCAAAAAGGCACUCCUGGCAGCGACCAGACGUGAAUUUCCUCGUUCCUUGAUCAUGAAGAGCUGCUGGGGCUUCGUCGCUCUCGCGCUUGGCGCGUUGGCACAGUUCGCAGCGGGGGAAAUCCUCUCGAGCGCUGGGGAUCUGAAGACACUGGAGUACGAUUUCGUAGUGGUGGGCGGAGGAACCGCUGGAAAUGUUGUCGCCAACCGUCUAACGGAGAACCCGAAGGUUUCUGUCCUCGUUUUGGAGGCGGGUGGCUGACAUGAGGGAGUCCUCAACAUCUCUAUUCCGUUCUUCUGUCCGCUCUUGUCUCCUUUGACACCCUAUGACUGGAACUUCACGACGACGCCUCAGCCAGGACUAGGUGGUCGAUCAGUUGCGUACAAGAGAGGGCAUGUUCUGGGUGGUAGCAGCUCCAUCGAUUUUAUGAUCUACAGUCGCGGGACCUCCGAUGACUACGACAGAUAUGCAGAGCUGACAGGGGACAAAGGCUGGAGCUGGAACGCUCUCCAGCGGUACUUUCGAAAGAACGAAAGGUGGACUCCACCUGCAGACGGCCACAACACGACUGGAGAAUUUGACUCCUCUCAUCAUGGCCUCAACGGUGUGAACUCGGUCAGUCUCCCUGGACAUCGGCUUCCCAUAACCGACCGCGUCCUGCAAACGACGCGCGACCUCCCGGACGAGUUCCCCUACAAUGUCGACUACAAUUCAGGAAAUAACAUCGGCAUGGGCUUCACACAAGCUACCAUCGGAAAUGGUCAGAGGAGCAGCUCAGCCGUAUCCUAUCUUGCCCCACGUUACAUCCGCCGCCCCAACCUUCACGUCCUUCUCCACGCUCAAGUUGCGCGCGUUAUCAGUUCCAAGAACACCGGUGGCAAGCCGACGUUCAAGACUGUCGAAUUCACAGAUGGCGCUGGGGGGACAACCGUCCGCGUCACAGCGCGUCGCGAAGUUGUCCUGUCUGCAGGCAGCGUUGGUACACCCCACAUCCUUCUAAACUCGGGAAUAGGCGACAAAGACGAAUUGGCGAGCAUCGGCAUCGCUUCUACUCUCCACCUUCCUUCGGUCGGCCGCAACCUCUCGGACCACCCCCUAGUGCCAGAGCGCUGGACUGUCAACUCGACGGACACGUUCGAGAAGUACCACAGGAACGCGACAUAUGCAGAGGAGCAGAAUAACCUUUGGGCGACGAUAAAGCAAGGGUUGCUUGUCCUAACGACGACCAACUUCAUUGCGUGGUUGCGGUUGAAGCCCGACGCGCCUAUCUUCCAGCAACACCCUGACCCGGCGCCUGGUCCAAAUACUGGCCACUAUGAAUUCCUUAUUGCGAAUGGCAUCACGCUUCCUCCCUUCCCGGAAACAGACAAUUUCCUUGCUGUAAGCAAUGUUGUUUUAACGCCGACCUCAGGUGGCUCCAUUACAAUUAACUCGACAAACCCCUUCGACCCCCCUCUAAUCAACCCUAACCUUCUCGGUACCGACUUCGAUAGGUACACCAUGCGAGAGGCCAUCCGGUCCGCUCGGCGCUUCAUCGACGGGCCCGCCUGGUCAGACUAUAUCCUCUCGCGUAGCAACCCGGCGACGACGGACGAGGAGCUGGACGCGUACAUAAGUCGCCUUGGGAGCACUAUAUUCCAUCCUGUCGGGACGGCGUCAAUGUCCCCACGCGGCGCGGAUUGGGGUGUUGUCGAUCCGGAUUUGCGUGUCAAGGGUGCGGUGGGGCUGAGAAUUGUCGACGCGUCGGUCAUGCCUAUCGUCCCAGCGGCUCAUACCCAAGCUCCUGGGUUAUA